GUCCUAUGUCCACGUCGUUCGCCUCUUUCAGCGUUCGAACUGGACAAUACCCUGAAUUCCAUCGGUAUUCGACGCGAGAUGGCCUCACUCCUGCGUCACUUCAACAGCACAAGGCUCGCUGAGCGCGUCUUCAAGAUGACCGGUUACCUGCGUCGAGUCCUCGGGGCCUACCGAAACAUGCGUUCUCUGGCUGACUCUCAGCAGGGUUUCACCGCCACUCAGGAAGUAGUCGACACGCGACGCAAGUACAAGGAACUGAAGCGCGCCUGGAAAUUAACGUGCGACUACUGGUUCCUGGAG